GUCGAACGUCGAACUAUUUCGAACUAUCAGACAUCGGUCACAGCGUAUUGACUUCAAGCUUAGUUGUUUUUCUUGUUAAUGCUAUACUAUAAUACCCUCUUCGAAUCAGUAGUCUUACGACAAAUGUCAGUUGUAAUUGAAGUUGGGAGGAUAGGAUAGUUCAACCAUUUAUACACUUAUAAGGAAGAUUUCGCUGGAUCUUCAAGGUCGUAUGAGUUUACAUUGGCCAUGUUAUUUAAAGGAUUGCGUAUCGCCAAAAUGGGAACCUAAUGAAAAUUGUGUGGAGUUUUGGAAGGGAACUUCUAGAGACACUGGUGUUGAGACCCUCACUUACAAAAAGUUCCAGAGUUAUUCAGACGAACUUGUACAACUUUUCAAGUACCAUCUGACUUGCGAGCCUGGCGAAGGUAAAUUAUCAGUUGUUGCAGUAGUAUGGGCUCCACAUAUAUUGACAACUGUUGUGAUACAUGGGAUUGUCAAAUCAGGACUUCCUUUCUUUCCUGUACUUCGUACAACGGCAUCCUAUGGUUUAGCAACUCUCGAAAAUCACAUUGACGCCAUUGUUUUGCUUUGCAAUUCUGCCGAACUAAUUCCUCCCGAUAAUUUCUUAAAGUAUCAAAAUGAUUCAACAAGCACAGUUGAUAGUUUAUUUUCAAGAGCUGAUUGGUCUAUAUUUUUACGUUCCAGUCUAGUUUACCCACGACCACAAUCUUUUCCAAGUCCGUUUAUAGAACCUAAUAAGCAUCUUAUAUACAUUAUAAGUACAUCUGGAAGUUUCAGCAAAGAACAGAAACUAGUCUGUGUGGCGGACAGUUGUUUAACAGCUAAUGUUAUUGACCUAGGUACUCGAUUCUCCAAUGAGCAGCAUGAUCCUAAGGUUAGUUGUGUUCUUCUGGCUUCACCCUUGACGUUUGAUCCAAGUAUUGUACAGAUUUACUUCGCACUGUCGACCCAUCGUACCUUAGUUAUGUGUCCCUCUCCCAUUCUCAAUGCACCCAAAACGUUAUACAUGUUGUGCAUUAACGCGAACGUUGGUUGGUUGCAAUGCACUCCGAGUCAAAUUGCUGGUCUUAAUCGCUGUCUCCUUGAUAGGUUUUUGUCACGACCAGGUUUCCACGUUUUACUUGGAGGAGAACCAUUUCCUUUAAAUGAUCUCAGUAGUCUUAAAAAUCACAAAUCUAUCCUCUUUAAUAUUUAUGGAACUACAGAAGUCUCCUCGUGGGCCUUUUUGUUUAGAGUCAGUUCAUCUGACGAAAAUCACAUCAACAAUGACAUUCACUGCGAAUGUCCGCCUCCUUUAUGCGGAUCUUCACCUCUUGGGUUUCCGAUGCUAGGGACCAGUUUUUCAUUAAUACCAUCUAAUAUGGAUAAUGUUUGGGAAUUGGAACUAUCUCGUAAGUAUGGUGGGUUUCAUAUAUUACGUCCUAAAGAAUCAACUGUUACUACUCAAGAAUUUCGGUACGCCCUUUCACAACUACCUUCUCAGAGUACAUGGCCUACUUCUGAUUUGGUCCACUAUGGUGGAUGUGGAAAGUGUUUAUGGUUUUUAGGAAGAAAAGACCGUACAAUCAAACGAUUUGGAUACCAAAUUUGUUUAGAACGUUUAGAACAUGUCAUCAAAACGUGUAAAUUACCAAGCAUCAAGAUCGGAAAUUGUAGAUGUCAACUUUUUGAAGGAUCGAAUGAUCGUAACUCUAUCAUUUCAUUCAUUGAGAUUAAACCUUAUUCCCAUAAAUCUUCUAAAAGGCCUUCAGUAUUUUCAAAUAACAGUUAUGUGAAAGGAAUCAAAUCACAUAUUCUCAAAAAAAUAAAGUUAACUUUCGCUCCGAUUCCUCAACCCUGGCUUCCUACACAUUUUGUAUUUUCGAAUCAUUCUUUACCGAUUUCAUCACACGGAAAAUUGGUGUACAGACCAUAUAACUUUUUUAAAUCUUCAAUUUCCGCCAAGUCUAAAAUCAUUGCCAUGUGGAAUGAGUCUCUUGGGUUAGGUAGAACGAAAAUAACUGAUUGGCAUGCAACUUUUAUGGAAGCUGGCGGUUCUUCGCUAAUGGCGUUGCAUCUAGUUGAAACAAUGAUCCAGGAAUUUCCAGUCUUGAUCGACAGGAGGGAAAAGCUUUUGUCGUUAAUAUUUGGGCAUUCGUUUUCCCGUGUUUGUGAGUUCGUUUCAAGGUGUUCUUCCAGUUCUGUAAAGUCCAAAACACGUUUUUCAAAAUCUUUUUCAAGCGAAACUGUCUUUCAAAGUAAAUUCCAAGUGACUGUUAAACAUAACUAUCCACAUCCACUAAAUAUUUAUACACAUGGUUCUGAAUUGAAGUCGCCCGGUCCAUUAUGCAGAGUCUCAUUUAAAUUUGUAUGGCAACAUAAUCUGCAUAAGUGUGUAGACGCCUCGCCUUUAGUGCUUUCUGGUCUUAAUGGAUCCUCCAGCGGGUACGCUUUUGUCGGUAGCCAUUCCGGUUCAGUUUCUGCUUUAUGUAUACCUAAUGGCGACGCACUAUGGCCGAACGCAACAGUAUUAUUACCAGGACGUAUCGAGGCUACUUCCGCACUUGGAUUUGCUGGUCCAAGUGCCGUACUUGUAGUCGGAUCUUUAAAUGGAAGUGUCUAUAGUUUGGAUAUUGAGCGCGGAACCUCUUUGUGCUCAUACUACACCGGAGGCGCUGUUAAGUCUCCUGCGUCGUAUGUGCAUGAUUAUGGAUUUUUAGCAUGUGGUUCACACGGCAAAUUGGUUCACGCUAUAGACUUACGUUCUCUAAAGAAGAUGAAACCUAUUUGGACUAAUUCUUUUGAUGGGACACCGAUUGUUUCUCCUGUUACAGUGUCAGAUAGGUCCCAGACAAAUGUACCAUAUCUUAUGAUUGCAAGUCUUGGAGGAACUAUUGGUUGUCUAGAUCCUAGAAAUCCAUCGCAUUUGGUGUGGACGAAGAACGGAGAAACACCCAUCUUCAAUAAGCCUCUUCUAUAUAUGGAUGCUAACCACAAGGUCAAUGUUAUUGUAGCUGGAGUUAGUGGAAAGAUUCAGUCAUGUUCGGUAGUAGAUGGGAAUAUUGAUUGGAGUUAUGAAUGUACUCAGGAACUAAGUGGUCAUGCGAUAUUUUCAGACCCUGUUCUUAAUACACAGUCUCAUAAUGUUAUUUUGAGUACUAACAAGGGCUAUUUAUUCGCUUUGAAUAUUGUAAACGGCAAUCUAGUGUGGAAACUCGACUGCAGAUUUGAUUUAAACUCCAAAAGCCCAUGUUCCUUAAAUACACCUUCUUUAUUGCAAAGUAAUGUAUUUGCAAGUGAUGGACAUAGUUUAUUGAUCGGAACAAGAGCAGAUGGUUUAGUUUAUGCAUAUUCCUUACCCUUAAGACACUUUUCGGACAGGUCUUUUCAACAAGAGACUCCUACAGUUUGGUCCACUUAUCGCUUGCCCAACCAGUGUUUUUCAUCUCCGGUCCUUUAUUCUGAAGAUUCAAAUGAUGUAUAUGUUGUCACUGGAUGUAGAGACAAUUAUGUUUAUGGUUUAUCACUGUAAACUCCUCUUUUGCAAUGUGUAAAUUACACCACCGUAACAGUUUAAACUCUUUAUUUAUAAAUUAUUUUCUGGAUAAUGAGCUUGUGAUUACAGAAAUUUCUUUCCAAGUUCAUAGUCGAGUCAGGUUUAAGGUUAGGUGUGUUAUAAAGUUAUCUUUUUAGGUUUUCAUGGUAAAUGUAAGGUUUAUUCGCCUAAAGUUUGUACGUUUGAUCAAUAAACAAUGCAUUAG